AUGGAAACUAAAAAUCAACACAAGCAAAUUCAGACCCAAUCAGAAAUCGGCCCAACAGAAAGAGAACACUGCAGAAAAUUCCAACUAAGAGAAAAGGCAAACAAAGGGGCACUCAUACCACACAAAGACUGCGUAAAAUACCUAGGAGUAAACAUAAACUUCAAAUUAAACUACAAGCAGCACACCGAACCUCAACUUGCUAAGGCCAAUAAAGCAUCUUGGAGAAUAAAAAAACUAUUCUACUCCAAACAUCUCGACAGCAAAAAUCGAGACACAAAAGGGACAUGGAAAGAAAUAGAGGAAAGAGUAGAUGGAAGAGAAGAGGAAGUAACGAUCAUAGGAGGAGAUUGGAAUGCAAGAACGGGAGAAGAGGGAGGACUGAUAAACGAGAAACUAGGAAAAGAGAAAAGCAGGAGAUCGAAAGACAAGACAAUAAAUACGGAAGGAAGAAUUCUAUUAAAGUAUCUGGACGAAAGAGGCUGGACGAUAAUUAAUGGUCGAUGCAAAGAAGGAGAGAUGUGGGGGAGAGAGGAAACUCGGUAAUAGAUUGGCAAUGUGGUGGUUGGCAAUCAGGAGGCGAUAGAAGAAAUAAUAGACAUGAUGGUAGGAAAAAGAAUAAAGUCAGAGCACAUGCCGUUGGAAAUAGAAAUAGAGGGACCAGAGAUACAAAGAGAUGAGGAAAGAAAAGAAGAAGAGAAGGAGAGGAGGGAAUGGACAAACGAAAGUGUGGGAAGAUAUUUAGAGGAGUGUAAAGACUGGGCAUGGGAAGAACAGUAG